CUCUCUCACAUUAUUUCUGCAACUCAUCCCUCGCUGCGCUGCGACUGGCAACCUGCACACACACAGGCUGAUCCAGGACGAGCCAGGGAAGGGGGGGGGAGAAACAGAAGCAGCACUACCACCCUCCCUCCAUCUAAACGGCCCAGGACCUUAUCUCUGCUGCUGUCGCUACCACCACCGUUGCCAUCAUGUGCGACUGUUUCCACCUGGCCUUCCCUAACUGGCACGCCGCCUCCUCGGGGACGGCUGGUCGAAGGCUGAGAGCACCAGAGCCUGGUCCAGAGGACGAUUCAACAUGUGACGAGCCAUCUCAGUUCACAGAGAGCGAGAGGCCGCGCCCUCAAGGAUCGUCUCCCGUUGAAGAGUAUCCUGAAACUGAAAAAUACACCGACAGUGACAAAGAGUGUGAAGCAGAGCAUGACCCACACCACAAAAGUGGGAGUGGAAAGAAAACUAAAAAGUCUGGGCUUGGGUCCAUGUUUGAAAAGCGCUCAACUCCAAAGAUGAGUAAACUGAAGGAGGUUCACAGCCCUGAGUCUGGACUGAUAGUGAAAACAGCCAAAGAUGGAUGUGCAGAGGGUCUGGUUUAUGGUGGAGGAGGGAAAGAGGGAAUAUUCAUUAAGGAAGUGGUACCAGAGUCACCUGCCUCAAAAAGUCUGAAACUAAAAGAAGGUGAUCAGAUUCUGAGCGCCACUGUAUAUUUUGACAACGUGUCAUAUGAGGAUGCCAUUCAGAUUCUGGAGCACGCUCAGGCUUACAGAGUGAAGCUCUGCUUGAAACGCAAACCAGACAUCACAGAGACUGAAACAGCCAUUGAAACUGACGCCAUCCCUGAGGAAGACGUUUAUGCUCCAGAAAUGAGGGAGCAAGGAAAAACCAAAAGGCGUGGCGAUGCCCGCAUUUCAUGGCCUAAGUUUCCCUCCUUUGGAAAAGGAAAGAAGUCCCGCUUUAUAAGAUCUCACAGCUCCUCAGAGGCUGAUGAGCAAAGAAAGCUUGAGCUUAGCCCCACCACAAGUGAUACAGAGUCACCUAUAAAAUCUCAGGAUGCUCUCAAAGGCAAAAAGAAACAGAAAACAAAGUUCUCUGUUCUAACAAAGAGAGGGCGCAUAAGUUCAUCUGAAGACCAGGACACAGACGCACCAACAUCUGCGCAGAUGGUUUCACCUGAGUGCUUUGAAAGUCCCUCAGGGGGAACACCUCAAAUCUUUGCGACAGAGGAUCUGAAAGUAGUGGAAGACUUCAGACGUGAGCAAAAUGAUCAAAAACUGACUGAACCUCAAACUGUUCAACACAAGGUAGAACUCAUCACUAUAGACAGCACUUUGAAAACAGAAGAUCUAACUGUGGCUCUGGCAGGUCAAGGUAGCCCCUCUGGUAUUAAGUCCCCUGAUGGGAAGAAAAAUAAGAAAGAGCGGUCUGAAUUAAAAAUGAAAAUUUCGGGAAAGGAUAAAUUGCACAAGAAAGAUACAAAAGCAAAAUCUUCACCAAAAAGGCUGAAAACUCUGGGGGCAAGUAUUGAAAUAGCAGACCAACCUGGAAAUGAAAAAUCUGAUGAAAUCCCAAGUUUUAAGUCACAAACAAAACUACAGGGGGAUCAACUUGCACUUAAUGCCAAUACUCAAAUAAUCAGCAGUGAGAGUUCAAGGUUGGAAAUGAGUGUACCAAAGGUUGAACUUGAAAUAUCUGACGUUGCGUUGAUUGGAAAAUCUCCACAGAAGGGUGAAGAGAAAACGAAGAAAGGCAAGGACGUUAAACAAAAACUAGAAACAAAGACAGGUCCAAUAUUCAAACUACCUAAAAUAGGCUUUAGUGACAUUGCCACUGAGGAAAUAAUCCCACAAAUGAAUGUCAAUUUUGAAGAACGUACACCUAAAAUGGAGAAAUUUACAACUGAAGGUACAGAAGUGAAAAAAUAUCCUCAUGAGCGACUGUCGAAAAGCAGUCUUCCCAAACGUGAAGACAUUGUUAUUCCAGGUAUGGAGGACAUGUCUAAGAAGACCAAAGUCAAAGGAAUUAAAGAGCCUAAAGCUGUUUUUACAGGACAUUAUGAAGACAUUCAAGCUGAAACUGUAGACCUGUCUUUUGAUGUUGACAGUGUGAAAGAGGCUGUUUCAAAACUGCCUGGAUUUAAGCUGCCUAAGGUUGACAUGAGUGGUGUGCCUAUUCCUGAAGAAAUUACUGUAAUAGAUGCAAAUGCACAAAGAAUAUCAGUGAAAACACCCACUAAAACAAAACAUGAUGCACACUUCAGUAAGUUUGACAUAACUGCCUCUCCAGAAAUCUCCAAGACAACAGUCAAACUACCAAAGAUCACAUCUGAUGAUUUAACCACAGAGGAGCUUUUAAUAGAGAGUAAAGUGGAUUUAAAAAAAACUGAAAAGGAAUACAAAACUCAGCCAAAACAAAGCGACAAAGAACAUGUUAUAAUACCUGGAAAAGAAAGUGUACAAGUAGCCGCCAUUUUUCAGACACAAGAAACACAAGGCAAAGAUGACAUUAAAUCGGAAAAUGAAUCCGCAGUUACACUCAAAUCAAAGAGGGCAAAGAUAACAAUGACAAGCUUUGGGAUUUCAAAACCAGACAUAAGAAUCCCUGACAUUGGAAUUGACUUUCCAAAACAAAAGCAACAAAAAGGUGACAAUGUAAAGGGAGAAAGAACUAUAUUUCUUCAAGAAGAAGAAAUUUCAAAGACUGAAACAAGGAACAAGAUUGGAGAAGUCAUAUCAGAUGUCAAAAUACCAGAAAGUGAAAGCAUUGAGUACAUUGACUCAGUAGAUGGUUCACCAGACAAAAAGGACGGUGGCAUUGGUUUGACAGGUUUUGGUGUUAAUCUUAAUGCUGCAAGCCCAAAGACGGACAUCUCCUUUCCACAGAUCAGAGGUGAAGUAAAAGGUGUUGAAUACAAAGUGCACACAUUCAAACUUCCCGAAUAUGGAGCAGUGACUGAGAACAUCAGUAUAGAUAUGCCUGAUGCAGAAAAGGAUGUAAAGAUUGAUGGGGCAGACAUAAGAACAAUUGAAAGAGAGAUAAAAGGUGGCAAGUUUAAAAUGCCAAAUCUCAGCAUCUCUAUGGCAAAGGUUAAAGGACCUGAAAUUGAAAAAGAUGUAGAUCUCCCACUACCAGAAGCAAAAGCUGAGGUGGAACUCCCAGACAUUCCUGAGGUUGAGGUUAAUCUAGGAAAUGUAGAUGUUUCUAUUCCAGAGAAAAAUAUGGAGGUCAAAAAGCCUGAACUAGAUGUCCAACCUUGGCAGGUUGAAGGUGAACUUGAUGGACAAGGAAGCAAGUUCAAGAAGCCCAAGUUUGGAAUUAAAAUUCCCAAAUUAAAAGAACCAGAAUUUGAUUUAAGCCUAUCAAAGAAAGAUGUACAUGUCACACUACCAGAGGUUAAAUCUGAAGUCCAAGUCCCAGAAGCCCCUAAAAUGGAUGACAGUCUUGGAAAAGCAGAGGUUUUGAUUCCAGUAGCAAAGGUGGAAGUUAAAAAACCUGAAUUGAAAAUUAAACCUUUGCACACUGACAUUGAACUUCAAGGACAAGGAGGCGAGUUCCAAAUGCCAAAGCUUGGAAUCACGAUGCCAAAAUUAAAAGGACCUGAAUUUGAUUCGAGCUUAUCAAAGAAAGUCGUAGAUGUCACACUACCAGAGGCUAAAGCUGAAGUCCAACUCCCGGCAGCCCCAGAGAUUGAUACUACUCUUGGAAGGAUAAAUGUUUCCAUUCCAAAGCAAAAGAUGGAAGUUGAAAAACCUGAAUUGGAUAUCAAACCUCUGAGGACUGAAGGGGAACUUGAUGGACAAGGAGGCAAGUUUAAAAUGCCAAAACUUGGUGUAAAAAUGCCAAAAAUUAAAGUGCCUGAAUUGGAUUUAGGUUUAUCAAAGAAAGAUGUAGAUGUCACGUUGCCUGAAGCUAAAGCAGAGCUCAAACCUCCUGAUGUUGAACAUACAGAACAUGGAAUUAAAGUAGAUGUGAAAGCUCCAGAGAUUGCAGUUUAUCAACAGGAUGUUGAAGGACCAUCAUCAAGAUUUAAGAUGCCAACUUUUAAACUACCAGCAUUUGGAGAUGGUUCUCCAAAGGUCUCUGUGGAAGCACAUGAUAUGGACAAAGAAGUCAAAAUUGAUGUAGCUAACAUUAAUAAUGAUGUGGUUAAUAUUAAAGCACCCAGCAUUGACCUUAAGGGUCCUUCAAUUGAUAUGAAGGCUAUAGGAACUGAUCUUGAGGGGAAAGAAAGCAAGUUUAAAAUGCCACAUCUUGGCUUCUCUAUGCCUAAAGUCAAAGGACCUCAACUUAAUAUACCAGAGGCCAGUGCUGAAGUCAAACUUCCUGAAACCCUUAAAAUUGAUGCCAGUCUUGGAAAAGCAGAAUUUUUGAUUCAAGAGGAAAAUAUAGAAGUUAAAGAACCUGAAGUGAAAAUCAAACCUUUACAGACUGAUGUUGAACUUGAAAGAGAAGGAGACACAUUUAAAAUGCCCAAGUUGGGAAAGUCAAUGCCAAAAGUUAAAGGACCUGAAAUUCACUUUAGCUUAUCAAAGACAGAUGGAGAUGUGACACUGCCAGAAGCCAAAGCUGAAGUAAAAGUCCCUGAAGUUGAACUAAAAGAACCCUCUGCUAAUGUGGAAAUUAAAGGUCCUGAAAUAACGGAAAAAGAUAGAGAAGGAUCGCCAUUGAAGUUUAAGAUGCCGACAUUCAAACUACCUAAAUAUGGAAUUGGUACUCCAGACAUGUCUGUAGAAAUAUCUGAUAUGGACAAAGAUGUCAAAAUCAAUAGAGCUGAUAUUAAAAUUACUGAAGAUACUCUUGCAGUUGACAUUGCAGCACCCAGCAUUGGCAUUGAAGGUCCAUCAAUAGAUAUUAAAACUACAGGAACUGAACAUGAAGGAAAGGGAAGCAAGUUCAAAUUACCAAGUCUCGGUUUUUCUGGACCUCCAACCAAACGGCCUGACGUUGAUUUAAGCCUAUUAAAGAAAGACGUAGAUGGGACUUUACCAGAAGCCAAAGCUGAUGUCAAACUCCCUAACAUUCACACUGAAGCACCCAGAACUGACAUUGAGGGCCUAUCAAUAGAUUUGAAAACUACAGGAAUUGAAGAGGAUGGGAAAAGAAGCUUUAAAAUGCCACAUCUUAGUUUCUCCAUGCCAAGAGUGAAGGGACCUAAAAUGGAUUUAAGCCUUUCAGACGUAGAUGUCAAAUUAAUAGAGACAAAACCUGAUGUCAAACAUCCAGAGGUUGAUCUUGGAAAAGUGGAUGUUUCAAUUCCAGAGGCUAAGAUGCAAGUUAAAAAACCUGAAGUGGAAAUGCAGUCCAGGCAGACUCAAGGUCAGCUUGAAGGAAAAGGAGAAAAGCUCAAAAUGCCAAAAUUUGGAAUCAAAAUGCCUACAUUAAGAGAGACAGAAUUUGACUUGAGUUUAUCAAAGAGAGAUGUUGAUAUCCCACUACCACAGGCAAAGGUUAAGGUCAAACUCCCAGAAGCCCCUAAAACUGAUGCCAGUCUUAGAAAAGCAGAGGUUUUUAUUCCAGAGGCAAAGAUGGAGGAUAAAAAACCUAAAGCAGAACUAAAACCUUUGCAGACUGAAAUUAACAUUGAAGGACGUGGAGGCAAGUUCCAAAUGCCAAAGUUUGGAAUUACAAUGCCAAAAGUAAAAGGACCUGAAAUUGAUUUAAGCUUAUCAGAGAAAGAUGUAGAUGUGACAAUUCCAAACGCUAAAGCUGAGGUUAAACUCCCAAAAGCUCCUGAAAUUGCUCUGGACAUGAAACCACCAGCGUGUGAAGCAGAAAUUGUUGGGCAAGGAGGCAAGUUCAAAAUGCCAAAGUUUGGAAUCUCAAUGCCAAAAGUAAAAGGACCUGAAAUGGAUGUAAGCCUGUCAAAGAAGGAUGUAGAUGUGACACUACCAAAGGCUAAAGCUGAUGUUGUACUCCCAGAAGCUUCUGAAAUUGCUGUGGAUAUGAAACCACAAGAGUGUGAAGCAGAAAUUGAUGGGCAAGGUGGCAAGUACAAAACGCCAAAGCUUGGAAUCUCAAUGCAUAAAGUAAAAGGACCUGAUUUUGAUUUCAGCUUAUCAAAGAAAGAUGCAGACAUCACACUCCCAGAGGCCAAAACUGAAGUCAAUCUCCCUGAUGUUGAACUCAAAGAACCUUCUGCUAAAGUGGAAAUUAAAGCUCCUGAGAUUGAAACUCAAUUAAGCAGUGUAAAAGGAUCACCAUCAAAAUUUAAACUGCCAACAUUUAAAUUUCCUAAAUUUGGAGCUGCUACUUCAAAUGUCAGCACUGAACUACCUGAUAUAGACAAAGAAAUCAAAAUUGAUGGAGCUGACAUGCAGAUAUCUGUGCCAGACAUAGAUGUUGAUGUACCGAAGGUUAAAGCAGAGAUCCAUCUGCCAGAGGUUGAGGUCAAAAAGCCGUCAGGUAGUGGUGUGAUAGAGCAACAGCCAGGUGUUGAGGUUGAUGCAAAACUGAAAAAAACAAGAUUUUCACUGCCCAGAUUUUCUUUUUCAAAACCAACUGUUAAGGCCCCAGAACUUGAUGCCAGUCUUCAGGAUGCAAAAGCAAUUACAGAGGGAAAGGUGGAAGUGAAUGUUUUGAUUCCAGAGACUAAGGCCAAAGUUGAAGAAGCUGAGCUGGAAGUUAAACCUUUGCAGACAGAAGUUAAAGGACAAGGAAGUGAGUUUGGAAUGUCCAUGCCAAAGGUAAAAGGACCAGAAUUUCAUCUUGGCUUAUCAAAGAAAGAUAUAGAUGUCAGAAUACCAGAAGCAAAAGCAGAUAUCAACUUCCCUGAUGUUGACCUAAAACAACCUUCUGCCAAAAUAGAAAUGAAAGCUCCUGUGAUUGAGGUUUUAGCUAAAGAUACAGAAGGAUCACCUUCAAAAUUCAAAAUGCCAAAUUUCAGCUUCUCUAUGCCUAAAGUAAAAGGGCAAGAUGUAGAUGUAAGCUUAUCAAAGAAUGACACAGAUAUCCCAUUAGCAGAGACUAAAGCUGAGAUCAAACUCCCAGAGGCCCCUAAAAUUGAUGCCAGUCUUGGAAAAGCAGAGGUUUUGAUUCCAGAGGAAAGGGUGGACGUUAAAAAACCUGAGGUUGAAAUCAAACCUUUACGCACUGACGUUGAACUUAAAGGGCAUGGAGGCGAGUUUCAAAUGCCAAAGUUUGGAAUCAAAAUGCCAAAAGUAAAAGGACCUGUAAUUGAUUUAAGCUUCCUUAAGAAAGAUGUAGAUGUAACACUACCAGAGGCAAAAGCUGAUGUUGUACUCCCAGAACCUCCUAAAAUUGCUGUGGAUGCGAAACCAUUAGAGUGUGAAGCAGAAAUUGAUGGGCAAGGAGGCAAGUUCAAAAUGCCAAAGUUUGGAAUCUCAAUGCCAAAAGGGAAAGAACCUGAAAUUGACGUAAGCUUCUCAAGGAAAGAUGUAGACUUCACACCACCAGACACCACAGCUGAAGUCAAUAUCUCUGAUGUUGAACUCAAAGAACCUUCUGCUAAAGUGGAAAUUAAAGCUCCUGAGAUUAAAGCUCAAUUAAGCAGUGUAAAAGGAUCACCAUCAAAAUUUCAAUUACCAACAUUUAAAUUUCCCAAAUUUGGAGCUGCAACUUCAAAUGUCAGCACUGAACUACCUGAUAUAGACAAAGAAAUCAAAAUUGAUGGAGCUGACAUGCAGAUAUCUGUGCCCGAUACAGAUGUUGAUGUACCAAAGGUUAAAGCAGAGAUCCAUCUGCCAGAGGUUGAAGUCCAAAAGCCUUCAGGCAGUGGUGUGAUAGAGCAACAGCCAGAUAUUGAGGUAGAUGCCAAACCUAAAAAGCCAAGGUUUUCACUGCCCAGAUUUUCUUUUUCAAAACCAAGUGUUAAGGCUCCAGAAGUUGAUGCCAGUCUUCAGGAUGCAAAAGUUGCAAGUAAAGAGGGAAAGGUGGAAGUGAAAGGAGGGGAAGUGGAUAUGAAACUACUAGAGUAUGAAGCAGAAGUUGACGGACAAGGAAGUAGGUUUAAAAUGCCAACAUUUGGCAUCUCAAUGCCAAAAGGGCCUGAAAUUGAUUUGACCUCAUCAAAAAAAGAUGUAAAUGUCACACUCCCAGAAGCCAAAGCUAAAGUUCAACUUUCAGAUGUCAAAAUAAAACAACCUGCAGGGCAAAAUAAAGCUCCUGAGAUGGAAGCUUAUACAAGUAAUGUUGAAGGAUCACCAUCAAAACUUAAAAUGCCAACAUUCACAUUUCCCAAAUUUGGAGCUGCUACUCCAAAGGUCAGUGUAGAAGUACCUGAUGUGGACAAAGACAUUAAAACUGAUGGAGCUACAGUGGAUGUCACUGCACCCAGCAUUGACACUGAAGGCCUUUCUGUAGAUGUGAAAGCUAAAGGAAGUGAAAUUGAAGGACCAGGAAGCAAAUUUAAGAUGCCAAAGUUUGGUAUCUCAAUGUCCAAGGUAAAAGGGCCUGACAUUGAUUUAAGUUUAUCAAAGAAAGAUGUAGAUGUCACAAUUCCAGAAGCUACAACUGAAAUCAAAUUGCCCAGUGUUGAAGUCAAAGAAUCUGAAGGUGCCAUUUUAAUACCAGAUGUACCAACAGUUGAUGUUGAAAACAAGUUCAAAAGACCAAACUGGUCAUUUCCAAAAUUUUCCUUUUCAAGAACCGGUGGGAAAACCCCUGAUCCUGAUGUAAACCUUGAAACACCCAAAGUUGAUGUUACAUCACCAGAGGCCAAAUCAGAAGUCCAAGGACUUUCAGGGGCUAUUUCAAUGGAAGUGCCACCAGCUGCAGAACUUGAUGAGACCUUGAAAAAAAACAAAUUUACACUACCCAGAUUUUCUUUUUCAAAGUCAAGUGUUAAAGAACCUGAAGUCAGUGCUGAGCUUCCAGAUGUUGAUUUUUCUCUUCCAGAAAGAGAAGUGAUAGUGAAGCAACCUGAAAUUAAAAUGAAAGCUCCUGAGCCUGAAGUUGAACAUGAUGGACAGGAAAGUAAGUUUAAAUUGCCAAAGUUUGGUAUUGCACUACCAAAAGCAAAAGGAAAAGAUUUAAAAGCAUCACAGAAAGAUGUAGGCAUCACACUGCCAGAAGUUAAAGCAGAGGUCAAACUCCCUGAAAUUGAAUCUUCAGCUAGUGUGGAAAUGAAAGCUUCUGAUACUGAAGCUAAGUCAAAAGGUGUUGGAGGAUCACCACUGAAAUUUAAAAUGCCAACUUUGAAAAUGCCCACAUUUGGAGUUGCAACCUAUGAUGUAACGGUAGGAGCACCUGAUGCAGACAAAGUGGCUGAAACGGAUGGAGCUAAACUAAAGGAGGAUGUUACUUUCAAUAUCAAAGGUCCAAGUGUUGAUAUUAAAACGGAUGUGUCUAAAGACGGUUCUGAAACGCCAAAGACCGAGGCAGAAAGUGUGGGUCUUGGGUCUCCAAGUAAAUUUAAACUACCGACAUUUAAAAUGCCAAAGCUGAGUUUUUCAAGACCCAACCCUGAAGAUGAACAUGUCCCCGUUGACACAGAAUGCAAAGAAAAUCAGGUGGAAAUGGACGUAAAGCCAAAAGGAGAGAGUAAAUCAGCAAAAGUGACUUUGACGUCGUUUGGUGAGAUCCUCAAGAAUAUUGAUGUUGAAUUUGAUGUUCCAAAAACAGAAGAACAUCUUGAAACCUCAAAGGAAGUUCAUGAAACAGAUGAAACCAGUGGAAAACAGUUAGAAGCAAAGGAAAAGGAAACAAACCAAGAUACUACCAAAAGUCCUGAAAGAACAGGUUGGUUUAAAUUCCCCAAGUUUGGACUCUCCUCCCCAUCAGAACCUACCAAGAUUUCUGAAAAAGACAUGCACAAGGAUGAAAAGACCCCAGUAGGGGAAACAGUUGAGGAAAUAAGCCCCACCUUUUCAGUCCAGUCAUCAGACGCCUUUGCUGAUAUUAGCUCUGCGAUGACAAGUGAGCAUGCUGGCCUGUCCUUAUCUUCUCCAACCAAGGUAACUGUUAAAUAUUCUGAACCUAUGGCUGCUACAGGGCUUGAAGAGAUGCACAGUAACAUUACUUCCACCACAAGAACUGAGCUCAUCUCAAUUGAACCCAACUUGCCUGAGAAAAUCACAAUUCUGUCAUCUGGAGUUUCAUCUUCAUCAGAAGACACGCUCAGACUGGAAUCAGGAAAAAUACAUGUCAUUACAUCAAAUAUACAAGCCACCCCAGAGGCACAGCGUGCCGAGCUACUCACUGCUGUCCAAAUCCAAUCAGCUGAAGGUUUACUCUUAGAAUCAGAGGCUAACGAAGCUGCAUCGUGGACUGUCGAGGAUUCACAAAGCAGCAAGAAAACGGUCUUCGAGAGGCAUUUAGUUAUGGAAACAUCAACUGAAAGAAGUGAAAGCAAAGAAACAAUUGUAAUAACUAAACAAAUCACAAGUAUGUUUGACUCUUCUGAGCCCACCUUAGGUGCGACAGCUUCAUCCAUUCAACGACUCAGAGAGUCUGUGCACUCUGAGAAAAUGAGGUUCUUUGAUGAAGCCGACAAGUGAAAUAACUUUAUGUAAAUUAUGUCUAAAAUUACAAAUCGUCAUUAUCCAGUCCCAGUGGCUGGUGGGUUUUUGAAUGUCACUAUUACUGAGAGAUGAGAU